AUGGCCCAGCAGUCUGAACCCGUCUCAUUACGCCUGCCUGCGAUCCUACAGAACCCCACAAACCGUGCCGCCAGACAGGUCGAGGCCCACAACGCACAGCAGCGCCAAAAAGCCGCAGCCCGGAAAGACCGCGAGUACAAGGUCAACUGGACCCCGGAAAAUAAUGGAAAGGGCAAACGGGUGAUUCGCAGACUGGAUAAUGCUGCUUUCGCCGAGAACCCACACAUUGUGCGACCUGACCGGUCAGACUAUGCCCCAACUGUACCUCUUCACCCACGACCAAGCCGCCCUCUGUAUCCCCCAGGAGCCAUAUCUCGUUCUACACACAUCCCUCCUGCUGCCCUUCCUGAGCGUGACCCAUUCUCUGCCGAUGCCCGGCAGGGAGUGUUCUCGACUUCGCUCAAGGGCACCCGAGCUAUGCUUAGGAAGAGAGGCAAGAGAGCGGAAGGGCUGGUGAUGAAAUCGGAAUCUGAGAUAAGGGCCUGGUUGGGGGGACAGUGGGGUGAUAUCAAACAGUCGGCGGAUCGGUGGACAGUCGUCGAUCCGAGAUUUGUAGAUUACACUUCCGGAGAGACAUCCACUCUCUCCAGCUCUAGACGACAGCUACCGCCCCAGCAUCAGAUCGUUACGCUCCCCGACCUGCCUAUUACGGAUGGUCAGAUCCCAGCGAUCCUCGAGGUGUCUCGAUCGCCAGCUCAUAUGAGCUGGUACGUGCCAGAGAGCUUCGAUCGACUUGUUCUACAUCUCAUCUCGAGAUACUAUGAGCUUGUAUCUUGGAGCGAAGAUUUGCCGACUAGGAGUGGCGAUCAUCUACGAAUAACUCAUAUCGCCGUCCCCUCUGUUAUAAGGCCCAACCGGCAGCCUGUCAAAGGCCAUACCCUUGCCACACCCGACACGAGCGAAGUCUCCGGGCAGUCAAGUUCUGACCACAACUCGUCUUCGUCGUCGGGUACAGAGUCUUCUGACGACGAUACAGCUACCGAGCGUGGUGAUGAUGAUGAUGAAUAUAACCCGGAAGGCGAUAUUACGGCCACACCCAUUCCAGAGAUGGAAGAUCUUAGCUUGGCGAACAAUGCCUCUGAAAAUGGCUUGACUCGUACCCUCUCUGCCACAUCAUCUCAAUACGCCUCUUCCGAAGCCGAUUCCGACAUUGGUACCCUUGGCGACAGCCUGAUGCUUUCCCGCCCGGCUUCGGGUCAAGAGAGCGACGGCAGUCUGGCAGGUGGAUGGGUAGACUUGGAUAGUGAUUCCGAAUUUGGGGAUUUGCCUGCGAUCCCUUCUUUUAAAGGAGUGCGAGAGGCGCCUUCGUUCAGAAGGUCCGGGGUGAGUCCCCAGACGGUGCCGAAAGAUUGGGCAGAUAAGCCUUCUUUCUUUGAAUAUCUUUAUGGCGCUUAG